AUGCUCGUGUUCCCAGACAUCAAUGAAUGCCUCCAGAACCGAGGAGGCUGCGGGAACAACAGCGAGUGCAUCAAUCAGAUCGGUGCCCCUCCGCUGUGUAAAUGCUGGACCGGCUAUGAGGGCAACAACGAUCAGCCCGGAACUGACUGUAAAGAUAUUGAUGAGUGCAAGUCGUUCCCUUGUUGGCAGAACUCAACGUGCGUCAAUACUCCUGGUUCCUACCGCUGCCAGUGCGACACUGGUUUUACUGAGACGGGUGACAAUCAGUGUGAAGAGAUUGACUACUGCGGAACCGGCCAAAACAAAUGUGAUCCUCACUACGCUGACUGUGUCCAAUCCAAUGGCGUCUACACAUGCAAAUGCAAGGACUUUUUCAGAGGCACGGGAACGGUCAACAACUGUACUCCUGUAUCAGGGUACGAAUAUCUGGCCUGCGAACUACUAGGAGCGUCAUGCAGCUCCUACCAGGAAUGUCAGCGCGAAACGAUGGGCACCUACUCCUGCAAAGACAAAACCUCGAUACAGCAGCUGUCGACUUUCUUCUCGGAAGGCGGGAGCUCAAACACCCCGACGUGGGUCUGGCUAACUGUUGUCUCCGGCGGGUUCGUACUCAUGCUCUUUCUGUGGUUUUUGACAAAACAUCUCCUGGACAAGAAAAGGCGCGAACGCACCCCCGAGGCAGCAGUUUACUCUAUUUACGGCCAGGGUGCCGCCGGCUAUGGGGCCAUGGACUACUACGGAUAG